CAGUUUCAAACCAUUGCCAGGGACAAGACCACCUUUUCUAGUUGGGUAGAAGGCUUUGAUUCACAAGACACAGGACCUCCCUUCUCUGCCCAGGUCUGUGAGUGUGCAUGCUUAUGCAUGUGUUUCUAACAACUGUUUUCCAGGAAAUGGGAAUUUUGUGUCAAAUUAGGGAAGUUCUAUAACUAUUUACACUGUAAGGUAAUUCUAGCCAAGUGUUCAAGUAGAAUUGCUGAAAGAAAAGAGUAAUUAUCUUGUCUGAGGUGUUAAUAUUUUCUUUAACAUAGUAUCAAGUGUCUAUUAUCAGGGCACGUGGACUGAAGAGUAAGAAGUUGUGGUGUUGAGAAUCUGAAUCUGUUCCUGAAGUAAAUGUGUCAAACUCAUCACACGAUGACAUCGACUCGUGACCGAACAUCUCAGCACAGUUCAGAGAUGAACAAAUACCAUAAUUAUAAACCCAGGCCAACAAACAGGGAUGCUUCUCCUGGGCAGCAGAAACAAAGAUCGGCACUACUUACCAGUCAACCCAGAGAAAAUGGUAUCAUAAGAAGAAACUUCCCUAUAGGAGAACUCAAAAUAUCUCCAUUGUUCGUUAGCCGAAUCAUUGCUGCAGCUAUGGCAAUACGCUUCCUCAUUAUCACACUGAUAUGGUUUGCCAUUUUCAUAACUUUGUUAUGCAACAAAGAGGUUCCAAUUCCUUCAAGAGAUGGUUACUGUACCCAAUGCCCUGGCGACUGGAUAUGUUAUAGAAACAACUGCUACCAGUUUUUUAAUGAGAGCAAAAGCUGGAACCAGAGCCAAGCUUCGUGUUUGUCUCUAAAUUCUACCCUUUUGAAGAUAUACAGUAAAGAGGACCAGGAUUUCUUUAAGCUGGUGAAGUCAUACCACUGGAUGGGACUAUUCCAAACACAAGCAAAUGACUCCUGGCAGUGGGAAGAUGGAUCCACUCUCUCACCCAACGAGUUAACAUUGGUAGAAAUGCAGAGAGGAUCCUGUGCUGUCUAUGGGUCCAGCUUUAAGGCCUACACAGAAGAUUGCUCAACUCUAAACACAUACAUCUGCAUGAAGAAGGCAGUGUAAGGACUUCAUUAACUAUCUUGGCAACAGCCUGGACAAGAGAAGGGAUUAUACCAGAAGAAACUGGGACCAAAAGAAAAAGAGACCGAACAUACAUGCAAGAUAAAACAGCAGGCCUUUUCCUUCCAGAAACAAGCCACAGAACAAUUAGAUGAACAUUCUGUUUCCCAUAAAAUAAAAGACACUAACUCAAAGAUCAUCAACGCGGCCAUUCACACCAUUCUCCAAUCUGCAUAGGAUGUGGAGAAGAAGGCAAGGAGGAGCCUCGAUUUCAAAAUGGGACGAACACAUGGGAGAGCUGAGAAAGUAGGAGAGGGCAGCUCCGUAGCACUCUGGCAGUUUAAACUCCAGCACUGUAGAAAACAGCACACUGAGUCGGGCUGCAGCAGUACCACAGGAUAGUCGGCACUGUUGCCAGCAAUGUUGCUAUCCCAGUGGUUCAAGAAAGUAGGCUUCUGUCUGGGAGGCGCAGUUUGAGUAAGGGCAAGAAGGACUGCUUUUGGAUCUUGAAGAUUGCAUGGAGCUCAUCUUGCUGAUUUUUUGCGUUUUCUUGGGACUCCCCUACCCCUUUUUUCUUGUGUUUCCUGUUGAAAUGAUAAUGUCUAUUGAAGACCAGCCUCACCAUUGUAUUUUGAAAAUACAUGGCUUGUUUCACUUUACAAGUGACAACUAGAAAAGAAGGUUGACAGUCUGAUUUGUGUCUGACUUGGGUCAAAUUUAGAUGAGUCCUUGGAUCUGAAGUUUGAAAGGUGAUGCGGGAGGGAGUUAAGGUGGAAUGAGUGAGGAAAUAAACUUCUGGGCCAUGA